UUACAACGUAAACGUCCGUGGUUUGAUUUCCUGCUUACACAGAGCAUAUAUAAUGCGUAUUGUUGCAGUAACAACAACAGCAUGAUAUAUAGGAAAAUCACCGGAACGAGAGUAUCGAUUUCGUUGACAAGACAACAACCAAACGUAGGCGCUCGAAGCUUUCCGUGAAUCCGUGUUUAGAUGAGAAGGAGAGAAAUGGAUGUAUUAGAGUAGAGGCUCGAGAGCAAGGAUAUAUGACAGAUCGCGUUAUGUUUAGGCUUAACAGAAGAAUUUUGUGAAUUGUAACAGUAGCACGAUAGCAACCAAGCAAAAGCAAGGCCUAAUACAUCUUUGUGUAACAGGACGAAUGCAACCAAGCAAGAGUAAGGCUGAACGUACAACCGUUGUGUACCAGGACGACAGCAAACAAGCAAAAACAAGGCCUAACAUAUAACCCUUGUGUAACAGGACGAUAGCUACCAAGCAAGAGCAAGGCGUAACACAUAACCCUCGUGUACCAGUAAAACGAUAGUAACCACGAAAGAGCAAGGCCUUGUGUAACAAUAGAGUCCUAGCAACUAAAUCGUAGAAAGGCUGAACGUCCUACUACGAUAGCAAACAAGCAAGGCCGAACGUAUAAAAAAAUUAAGACUUGGAACUACUAGCAUAAAACAUUUUCUGGUCAUUCCUUGACUCAGAUUACUUAAGCAAAUGACUGUUUUGCUGGUACUUUGCUGGCUGUUGAAUCAUGGAUACCUCUUGUACAUGCCUCAAGAUACUUCCCUAAUCCUUUAAAAGGUAGUGGCUGUGACUUUUGUUCCAUACCAUGAAGUGAUUUACAGAAGUAAAGUUAACUCCUGAUUAUUGUAGGAUUCUCUUUGUCAUUAGGUCUGGGGAUGCCUUUGUUUUUAUUUUUUCUUUCUGGGGAUAGAACACUUGAGCGUAAUGAAGCACGCGAUUUUAAAACUAAUGCUGAAGCACGAUGAUAACCCCCAGCUUGUGACGUGCACGUAACAGAUUCUAGAUACAAUCGUUGUAUUGUUUAUUAAAGCUGUAUGGGUCAACUUGGUGUCUUUAUUACCUCUUGGCUGUUGCUGUCAACAAGCACAGUUAUUCUACACUCCGCUCUUCAGUCAACCAUUGUGGCUACGUUACCUCAACCGAGAGUGCAUGGCACAAACAGAAAUGGAAUUAGUCGCCCAAAACACGAAGAUUCAAGCGCAGUGCACUUCCACGACGACGUCCGCCGGCUUCUCGAGAAGGAAGAUUACGUGUCUGCCGUGUUACACUAUGUAGAACUGACGCAGAACCAGAGCGAGUCCCACGACUGCAGAAGGACUUCACUAGAAACCCAUUUUAAGUACACACUAUCAGAUCAUUCCUACGCACCUUAUGCAAAGCAGGCCCAUGCUGUUGUGAAGGUUUCUAACAUUUUGAAUAAUCUGUUCUUGAAGGCAUCUAACGAAACAGGGGUGUUGUAUAACGAGGCCUUGUAUUACUCAUUGGUCACAGUCAACGUUGAAAGUGAUCCUGUUAUACUAGGAAGCACGAUCGCUUUUCAAAAUGGCUCCUUUCUUUCUCCCAACAGACCUCCUUCAAAUCUCUUUGCCCCCUAUGCAUUUAGGCAACAGGGUCACGUGGUUACUAAGGACUUAGCCAAAAGUUAUAGUAUACCCUACCACACGAAAGGAUCAGUGGGGAACGAAUGGUUCUGGACUCAUGCUUACCAAAAUAUUACCCACUUUCUGUUGCACAAAUAUGGUCCUGAAUUUUCUCAGUAUUAUAGUGGUCUUCUAGGAGGUGACAAUGAUUUGGUGAUUAGGCUUAAAGACGGUCUGUGGACUUCUCCCUACUUCGAUUGUGGAGGUGGUAAUACCUGGGUGAUAUCGUAUUCAACACCUUUCUUCGGUCGACACGAAGAUAAUCUCAUUUUCAAGGGCGUAUCUAUGGUGACCAUCAAUCUCGCUAACGUCGAUAUUGACCAGUGUUCUGAAGACGAAGGGAUGUUUGCUGAUACACAUAAGUGUGAGACUGAAACCACAGAGUGUAUUCCUAUAUCUGGGAUGGGAUUUCGACGAGGAGCAUACAAGUGCCGUUGUAGAGAAGGAUAUUAUUUUCCUCUACCCAAUAAGUCCGUGGACUAUUUCGAAGGCACAGUGAUCGAAAGCUUUUUCGUGGCUAGCUUAUUAGAUGACAAUCCAAGAACGAAGGACGACACCAGAUACCCAGAUAGCUUCAUGUGUCUCCCGUGUAAGCCUGGCUGCCCUAGCUGUGAAGACGACAGCCCGUGCACUGUAGAAUACAACAUUAUUCUCAGAAGUUUUGCCCUCGGGCUUCAAAGUUUCUGUACCACUAUCACCGUUGUCCUCCUUGUUGUUGUCUUUCGACUGAGGAAGUCAAAGAUGAUAUCCAGCUCCAUAUGGAUUCUGUUGGAGACUCUGUUGUUGGGUGCUGUGUUGCUUUAUCAAACGAUGGUUCUUCGCUAUUUUGAGCCUACUUCGGCCACCUGCCUUGCUGAGCCGUGGUUUAGAGAAUUGGGAUUUGCCAUGUUUUAUGGAACGAUUGUGUUGAAGAUCUACAGGAUCUUGGCGGAGUUUCAGACCCGGAAAGCUUACCGUAUUUGUGUAAGGAAUCGAGACUUGUUCAAAUAUCUGCUGGCAAUUGUUCUGUUUGUUGUUGGCUACAUGUCAGCUUGGACAGCUGUCGUGGUAGAUAGCACCGCCGAAGGUCUCAACGUCCUGGAGAAACGCAACACUGUGGAGGGACUGAUCUUUUUCACUUGCAGAUCACUCUGGUGGGAUUACGUUACUGAACUAGGCGAGCUUGGCUUCAUGUUUUUCGGCAUCUAUUUAACCUAUCGCAUCAGGAACGCAAAAACGGAUUAUUUUCGAGAGAAAACCGUGCUUUGUGCUGCCAUCUAUAUCGAAGUGAUUGUCUCUUUUAUAAUACACGCAAUCAGGCACUCAAUGAGAUUCUCCUUGGGCCCAGAUUUUAUAUACUUUCUGUUCUUCAUCCGAUGCCAACUGACGGUUUCUGGUAUUCUAAUUGUAAUCUUUGGUCCAAAG